CCAACCAAUUUAACUUUCGUGAAUCUUUGAUCGCUUUUCAUUUGGCCCAGCUCGACGUCACGCGGAUGUCCCCGAUGGAUCUCGCCGGCCACACGCCCCUCGACGACGACGAGAUGAGCAGCGUGUGAUCCUCGUCGCCCCGUCCAUCCAACCGAAGAUAAGACGCCCACUCCCUCCCCUCCACAUGGCACCCACCCUCCAAUCCCUUACUUAUUCCCGCCCCCCUCACUCCUCCAUCCCCUAGCUCCACCUCUCAUCCGCUCCUCAGCCACACCUAGAGCAUCUUAGCUCCAGCUAGCCACCAAUGGCCGCCGCACUGAGCCUCCGCGCGCCCUUCUCCGUGCGCGCUGUGGCGCCACCGGCGCCCCGCGUGGCCCUUGCGCCCGCGGCCCUCAGCCUCGCCGCCGCCAAGCAGGUGCGGGGAGCCAGGCUCCGCGCGCAGGCGACGUACAAGGUGAAGCUGGUGACGCCCGAGGGCGAGGUGGAGCUGGAGGUCCCCGACGACGUCUACAUCCUGGACCAGGCCGAGGAGGAGGGCAUCGACCUGCCCUACUCCUGCCGCGCCGGCUCCUGCUCCUCCUGCGCCGGCAAGUUGGUGUCCGGCGAGAUCGACCAGUCCGACCAGAGCUUCCUCGACGACGACCAGAUGGAGGCAGGGUGGGUGCUCACCUGCCACGCCUACCCCAAGUCCGACAUCGUCAUCGAGACCCACAAGGAGGAGGAGCUCACCGCAUAAGCUGCUUACCCUGCCUCUCUUUGCAACAAGAUCGAGCUGAUAUCAUAUUAUCUCCCAUCAUGCAUGCAUGCAUGGAUAUCGCCAGAUACACCGAUUUGUUUGUGCUCGAAUGAAUUGCUCGAUGCAUGGUUUGCUCCAGUAAUAAUGUCUUCGAAUUACUACCUUUUUGUACCGUAAGAUAUACUACUGUCGUAAUACUAGCGUGUACUUAAUUCAACGUACUGAAAUGAAUCCUGAUGGCUGAGGUGUCUCUCUGAUUAAUAAUAUCUUCUUUUUUACUUAA